GCGGCAGUACAGUUCCUCAGUAGCGAACGGGAAUCCGGUGAUAUCAGACACGUACAUAUCCGCAUACAUUUGUUUAUAUUUAAAAAAAUUUUUCUGCAAUUUGCGCUUUUCAACAAAUGGAGAAAGAGUAGCUUUCGAAGGAUAGAAAAUAACAAUGUCGUUUGGGUAAAGCCAAAGAGAAGAUUGCGGCGCCGCUAGUAGUCUGUCUGUUGCUCUACACGCCGCUGUAUCGUGUGUUAUUUGUGCGCAAAAUUAAUUCUAAAGAAAUCAGAUAUAUAUUAUAAAUAUAUGUAUAUAUAUAACUGGUAUAUAACUAGUAUAUAUCUGAUGCAUAUCUGAUAUAUAUGUGCGUGCGUGCUUGCAAAAUGUGAAACGGCGAAGAGGCACGGCCUGUGGUGACGAUAUCAAAAAUCUAAAAAAAUAAUCAACACGCAAAAACAAAAAAAAACGAAAAAGCGAUAAGACGGUGAAAAUGGUCUACUCCAUACAGAACUCGGAGACGGGUGAACUCCAUUACAUCCACCGUGAUUUGUCCAAUGUAAGGCAACAAGUUUUGGACUUGGAAACUGGUGAGCCCUUAAACGGAACGAAAGUAAAGGUGCGCUAUGUCAAGCAUAAUAAUUUUCAAAUACCAAAGAAGUUUCUUUGUGACCCUAAUGAGAAAGAAACGGAGGCGCAGAACCUUUACAAUGCCGGCAGCCCACCAGCGGCCACCACACCGAUGGAUGGUGAAGGAGAAGAGAAGUCCCCGCGGCUUUAUAAAAAAGAGGAUUUCAUCAAAAUGGACGGUGUGAGGAAUGAUAUCAUUUUGGGCUAUCAAAACCAGACUUAUCAAUUAUUUCUUAUACCGACCUUGUUUUGCUGCUCCCUUGGCUUGUUCUUUAUAAUGCUACUGUGCGAGUCGAUUCUACAUUGUUGGGCGCACAAGAAAAACUCUUUGAACAUUAGUAAAAUAUAUUAUUUUCGCAGUCCCCUACAUUUGGUGACGUCACAAUUUUGUACGGUCUGUCGCAGGGAAAACGAAAUGAAGAAGAUCGAAAUUUUCCAAGCGUUGAACAAACAGGUGUUGCAAGCGGCUAGACAAUCGAAAACUCUCAAAGAUAUGAGCAAAGUUAUAAGCUAAAAUGUAAAUUCACUGCGCAUUACGUGCAAUUUGAUGUUGCAAGUAAAAUGCUUUCCGAAAGUCGUUGAAGUCUUAAGUUUACUUAACGGCAUUCUGCGACCAGAAUUUGCGUUAAAGUGGUUCAAAUUGCACCACAUAAUUGUCUUACAAAACAAGUAGUAAAUAUUGAUUAGAGAUAUCAAUACUCUUUGAGAGCUACAUAAAUGCUUUCUGAGAGCAAUUUACUUGCCACAUCGCAAUAUAUUUGUAUUAUUUAUACUAUUAAAUUUUAAUAAAUAAAUUGAUAAUUUCAUAGCGCAUUAAA